UGGACCCCUCUCUCUAUGGAUCUCUGUUUGUGAAUGAAAGAACCAAACAAACAACCUUAACUAACCAACCAACCUAUGUCGUGUACACGUGUAUUCUAUUUGCUAUCAUUAGCUUUCUUCCUUUCUCCUCCAUCUCAAAAUGCAUGCAAUAUUUCCUACCAUCUAAACCUACCUCUCUUACUAUAUGCAUAUGGCAGCCACACCACUACUCUUCACCACUUCUUUAACACCAUUCUUCUUCUUCUUCUUCUUCUUUUCUUUUAUUCUCAUCAUCAACAUUGCAUCUUCUAUUUCAGACAUAGAUUCCCUCCUCAAAUUAAAAAACUCUUUCCAAAUCACCAACGAAGCAUUUUCUUCAUGGAACACAUCCCUCCCUCCAUGUAAUGCUGAUAAUUCAAAUUGGUCAGGUGUUCUCUGUUACAAAGGACAUGUUUGGGGAUUCAAACUCGAAAACAUGAACCUUAAAGGAACCAUUGACGUCGAUUCCAUUAAACAUUUACCUUAUAUCAGAACCAUUAGUUUCAUGAACAACAAUUUUGAUACAACAUGGCCAGAAUUAAACAAACUUCCUGGUCUUAAAACGGUUUACUUAUCCAAUAAUAAAUUCUCCGGCGAGGUUCCGGCCGAAGCGUUUCAAGGGAUGCAAUGGUUGAAGAAAAUAUAUCUGUCCAAUAAUCAGUUGAGUGGUCCUAUUCCAACUUCUCUUGCUUCUUUGCCAAGGCUGAUUUCUUUGAGGUUGGAUGGUAACAGAUUCAGUGGUCCUAUUCCUCAAUUUCAACAAAAGUUUAAAUCAUUCAGUGUAGCUAAUAAUCAAUUGGAGGGUCAAAUACCUUCUACUCUUAACAAUAUCCCAGCUUCAUCUUUUUCGGGUAAUGAAAAGCUAUGUGGAGCCCCUUUAGGUGCAUGUCCCUCGUCCAAAAAGAAAUCAUCAUCAUUAAAUACGAGUGGUGUUGUGGCUGUGGUUCUUGCUUGUCUUGCACUGCUUGUGAUUGUAGCAGUAAUAUUAUUUCUCCUUAUUAAAAGAAGAAAAAAAUCUAAACAAGGAGAAUUAGUAGGAGGAGGAGGAGGAGUUGGUGUUGGCAGCAGCAACAGCAGGGAUAGUAACAUUCAAAAGAAAGGAGGAUCAUCAUCGUUAAAUAACAAUUCAGAUGAUCAAGGUUCGAUAAGAUCACGAGAAAGCACCAACCACAGUAAUAGAAAAGGAGACAACAUGAGGUUGUCCUUUGUGAGAGAAGAAGCAUCAGGUCAGUUUGAUUUGCAAGAUCUGUUGAAAGCCUCUGCUGAGAUAUUGGGAAGUGGUUGUCAUAGUUCAUCUUAUAAGGCUGUUCUCUUGACUGGCCCCACUGUUGUUGUCAAAAGAUUCAAACAGAUGAACAAUGUUGGUAGGGAAGAGUUUAGAGAACACAUGCGUAGACUAGGAAGGUUGAAUCAUCCAAAUAUCCUUCCUCUCUUAUCUUACUACUACAAAAGAGAUGAAAAGCUCUUGAUUACUGACUUUGUUCCCAAUGGCAGCUUGGCCGUUCGCCUUCACGGAUACCAAGGUAUAGGAGAGACAAGCCUUGAUUGGCCAACAAGGUUGAAGAUAGUGAAAGGUGUAGCAAAUGGUAUUGAAUAUCUUUACAAAGAGAUGCCGAUGAUGAUUGCGCCUCAUGGUCAUCUUAAGUCCUCAAAUGUUCUUCUAAGUGAGUCAUUGGAGCCUGUCCUCGCUGACUAUGGAUUAGUACCUGUGAUAAACCAAGAUAUUGCUCCUGAAAUCAUUGCUAUAUACAAAUCCCCUGAGUAUUUGCAGCAAGGCAGGAUCACUAAGAAGACUGAUGUGUGGAGUCUUGGAAUACUGAUUUUGGAAAUAGUAACUGGAAAGUUCCCUACUAAUUUUGUACAACAGAUUAAAGGAAGUGAGUUGAGUUUGGCCAAUUGGGUUGAUUCUAUUGUUCCUGAAGAGUGGAGCAGUGAGGUGUUUGAUAAAGACAUGGAGUUAGAUAGAAACAGUGAAAGGGAGAUUGUUAAGCUUUUGAAGAUUGCAUUGGUUUGUUGUGAUAUGGAUGUGGACAAGAGAUUUGAUUUGCAAGAAGCUGUAGAAAGAAUUCAAGAGGUAAAAGAAAGAGAUCAUAUUAAUAUUAAUAAUGAAGAUGAUUUCUAUUCAAUUGAUCAUGCUGGUGAAGAAGCUUAAUUACAUGUUGAAGUGAUCAUGAGCUUUGAAAAGAUUUGUUUGUCAUGCAUGGUGGGAAGAAGUGAGUUUGUUGAUGAAUGAAUAUUGGUUGAAUGAAUGAAGGUUUCCAUCCAUAAACAUAACUUGGAUUGGAUACUUCUUGAUCCACAUAAAAAAAACAUAUGCCAUGGCAUGAAUAAUGGAAAGCAAUGCUUCAUGCAUCUCUGUCUGUUACAUUACUGGAUUUCAAUGUUUUCAUUAUAUAGUGUAAUGAAUGAAUGAAUGAGGUGAGGUUAUUGUGAGGGGAAAGAACAAGAGCUUAAUGUCAAUCAUCAUGAGAUGAGAUGUACUUGAGGAAUUGAAUCAAUAUACCAUUUUUAUUUGCUUUGCAA